UUGGUUAAGUCCGCCUGGUAGAGUAAGGAUUAGACCAAUCACCAAUAAUUACCAAAACAAUAAAGAAAUAAAAUAGACCAAUCUCUAGUUUCGUUAGGUUGGAGUAGUUAGUUGAAAAUGGUGGAAAAAAUUGCUGAUAUUUUUAUUCAACAUAGUAAUCAAAUUAACUAAACCAAUGAUUUGCUAUCGCCAAAACAACAAAUUAAUAACAUCGAACAUAGCGUUAGAACGAAACGUUGUGAUCAUAACUCCGACACCUACAAAUGGACCGCCAUACUUUUUUAUACUUUCACUUUAAAACCUACCAAAACCCCUAAAUUAAAUUUAUACGUGUCUAUAUAUACGAUCUCUUUCGUCGACACCAGUUUUGUAUAAAAGAUAUAUUACAGUUUUCUUACAACCCAUGAAAAACCUCAUGAGUUCUUCCAUCACAUUUGCACUUGUCUUCUUUCUCGUUUCUCUCAACCCAACAUCAUCAUUACCGUCUAAACGCGAAAGCUACGUUCAAAACGCGUGUAGUGUUACACGCUACCAAGAUCUCUGCGCUAAAACGCUAUCGCCUUUUGCACCAGUCGCCAAGAACAGUCCCAGCAAAUGGGCACGUGCCGGCGUUUCCGUUGCCAUAACCGACAACAAAGACGUCCUUAGACACCUACUCAAAACGCGGCUUUCAACGAUUGGGAAACGCGACCGAAUCGCUUUGUCUGAUUGCCGAGAACUGCUCCAAGAUUCUCUUGAUAGCCUGCACAAGUCCUUGGCCGUCCUUCGGACACUCAGAGCCAGCGAGUUUCAGCAGCAGAUGAGUGAUCUUGCCACGUGGCUUAGCACUUCCCUCACUGACAAGGACACGUGUCUUGAUGGGUUUGAAAAGACGUCGACGAGGUCAUCAUCAACGGUCAGGAUGAUUCGUAAGAGAGUCACGACGUCUUUGUAUUUGUCCAGCAAUUCUCUCGCACUCCUCAACAAGCUAGCGGCUAAUGGUUUGUAAUCUCUUAAAUCAUAAAAUUUCCCAUGAACGUGUAAGAUCAUAUUAUUAAUAAGGUGGUUCAUGGGUGAUCAACGAUAAGUGUAUCUAUCUCAUUUUAAAGGAAUUAUUUAUAGGGAAAAUGUUAUGGGCCUAAGGUCAUAUAUUGGGCCAAUGUUAUUAGUCCAAUAUUGUCGUUUUUAUUUGACCGUCCAAGCCCAAGCCACCUACGAGUAACGAACCUCUCAUAAAGUCAAACAUGAGAAGAAGUCGGUGAUAAACCUAAUAAAGAUGCUCAAAAGAUAUUUU